GGGGCGGGUGGCGGCGGUGGCAGCCGGAGGUCUGGCUGCGCGCAGUAUAUGACAGUACGUCAGCAGCGGGAUGGCCGUAGCUGUGGCGGCGGCUGCAGAAGCCCUAGCAGCCGCGGCCGCAGUGGAGGCUAGAGCCCGAGCGGCGUCGGCGUCCGCACCCCUGGGAGUUUAAGAUGGCGGCAGGGGGGGCGGCGGGCCUGCGGGAGGAGCAGCGUUAUGGGCUGUCGUGCGGACGGCUGGGACAAGACAACAUCACCGUACUGCAUGUGAAGCUCACCGAGACGGCGAUCCGGGCGCUCGAGACCUACCAGAGCCACAAGAAUUUAAUUCCUUUUCGACCUUCAAUUCAGUUCCAAGGGCUCCAAGGGCUUGUCAAAAUCCCUAAAAAUGACCCCCCCAAUGAAGUGCAUACCUUUAACUUCUAUUUGUCAAAUGUGGGUAAGGACAACCCUCAGGGCAGUUUUGACUGCAUCCAGCAAACAUUUUCCAGCUCUGGAGCCUCCCAGCUCAAUUGCCUGGGAUUCAUACAAGAUAAAAUUACAGUGUGUGCAACGAAUGACUCGUAUCAGAUGACACGAGAAAGAAUGACCCAGGCAGAGGAGGAAUCCCGCAACCGAAGCACAAAAGUUAUCAAACCCGGUGGACCAUAUGUAGGGAAAAGAGUGCAAAUUCGGAAAGCGCCUCAAGCUGUUUCAGAUGCAGUGCCUGAGAGGAAACGGUCAACCCCCAUGAAUCCUGCAAAUACGAUUCGAAAGACUCACGGAGGCAGCAGUGUUUCUCAGCGUCCAUAUAGGGACAGGGUGAUUCACUUACUGGCACUGAAGGCUUACAAGAAACCGGAGCUCCUGGCUCGACUGCAGAAAGAUGGUGUCAAUCAGAAAGACAAGAACUCCCUUGGAGCAAUUCUGCAACAGGUAGCCAAUCUGAAUCCUAAGGACCUCUCGUAUACCUUAAAGGAUUAUGUUUUUAAAGAACUUCAAAAAGACUGGCCUGGAUACAAUGAAAUCGACAGACGGUCAUUACAGUCAGUGCUCUCGAGAAAAUUAAAUCCAUCUCAGAAUGCUGCCAGCACCAGCCGUUCAGAAUCUCCUGUAUGUUCUAGUAGAGAUGCUGCAUCUUCUCCUCAGAAACGGCUUUUAGAUUCAGAUUUCAUUGAUCCUUUAAUGAAUAAGAAAGCUCGAAUAUCUCACCUGACAAAUAGAGUGCCGCCAACAUUAAAUGGUCAUUUGAAUCCCACGAGUGAAAAAUCUGCUGCAGGCCUCCUGCCGCCUCCUGCAGCUGCUGCCAUCCCUACCCCUCCACCACUGCCUUCAACCCACCUGCCCGUUUCCAACCCUCCUCAGACUGUAAAUUCUAACUCCAAUUCCCCUAGCACUCCAGAAGGCCGGGGGACUCAAGACCUACCUGUUGACAGUUUUAGUCAAAACAGUAGUAUCUAUGAGGACCAGCAAAACAAAUAUACCUCUAGGACUUCUCUGGAAACCUUACCCCCUGGUUCAGUUCUACUAAAGUGUCCAAAGCCUAUGGAAGAAACCCAUUCAAUGUCUCACAAAAAGUCCAAAAAGAAGUCUAAAAAACACAAGGAAAAGGACCAAAUUAAAAAGCACGACAUUGAGAUGACUGAAGAAAAGGAAGAGGACCUUAAAAGAGAAGAAGAGGAAAUUGCCAAGCUGAACAACUCCAGUCCAGAUUCCAAUGAAGGAGUUAAAGAGGGCUGCACUGCCUCCAUGGAGCCUUCUUCAACAAUUGAACUCCCAGAUUAUUUGAUAAAAUACAUUGCUAUCGUCUCCUAUGAGCAACGCCAGAAUUACAAGGAUGACUUCAAUGCUGAAUAUGAUGAAUACAGGGCCUUGCAUGCCAGGAUGGAGACUGUAGCUAGACGAUUUAUCAAACUUGAUGCACAACGAAAGCGGCUUUCUCCGGGCUCAAAAGAGUAUCAGAAUGUUCAUGAAGAAGUCUUACAAGAAUAUCAGAAGAUCAAGCAGUCCAGUCCCAAUUAUCAUGAAGAAAAAUACAGAUGCGAGUAUCUUCAUAACAAGCUGGCUCACAUCAAAAGACUAAUAGGUGAAUUUGACCAACAGCAAGCAGAGUCAUGGCACUAGAUCUCUGCUUGGACCAGAAGAUGUGAAUAAACUUAAGCUUAUUUAUUUAAAAUUCCAAAUGAGUUGCUCUAAGAUGCUAAAAAAAUGAAACUUUGCUUGUUGAAAGUUUCAGUAUUAGUAAACUUGAGUUAUUUACUUUUUUUUUUUUUUUCCAUUUUACUUUGCUUCCCUGCAUUUUUGAAGCUGCUUUUUCUGGUCCUUCUUCCCAUGCCUACCCCACCCCCAAGACUUAUGUUUGUCAAUAGAAAUAAUUUUUUUUAGAUAUUGGAGAUCCAGUGUCUAUACUUCAAAUCAGCUCUUUUCCUUAAAAACUUAUGUUUGUCAUUAGAAAUGAUUUUUUUUAAGAUAUUGGGGAUCCAAUGUCCAUACUUCAAAGUUAUGUGUGUUUAAAAAAAAAAAACAGUAAUGUGCAAGGUGAAAUGCUUUUGGAUAAACAUAAGCCUAUUUUCUGACCUUUCUUAACGCAAACUCUUUGCCUUAAAUGGUAGAAUAUUUAGAAAUUUGCACAAAAUACAAAAAAAAAAUUUAAAACAUUGUUUUGGAGGGUUAAGAAAUAGAAAGGUGUAUGUGUAUGUGUAUAAAUAUGCACACAUAUGUACAUACAGGCUGACUUGAUCUAGAACAGUAAAUCCGCCCUGCAAGUUAACCCCCCAUUGCAAUGGUUGCCUUAAGGUGUUUGCUAGUUGUGUACAUAGUGUGGUUAAUCAUUAGCUACACUACUUCCCACUUGGUUAGAGCAAUGGGAAGUAUACUGUGGCCUACCAGCGUCUGAAAGCGUGUGCUCGACCAGUAUGUGUGCAGAGGUGGUGUGGAUGUGAGCGUGCAUGGAGGAAAAAAGCUGCUACUCUCAGUAGGCCAAACGCUCAGGUUAAACAACAGACGAGUGUUACUGUAGGGUUUUUUGUUUUUGUUUUUGUUUUUUUUUCCUGUCAAAUUGCUACUUCUAUCGUGGAAGACAAAAGCAUUUCCAUUUCAACAGUUUGUCAGCUUUAUUAAUGUUGGGCAAAAUCAAUAUGUUAUGAAAAUGAAACAGAUCUAUAGUUUUGGGGCAAAAUUAUAAAAUUAAACAUGUAGGUAACCUAUUUAUAUACUGCUAUAAAGUAUUUUUUGAAGAGAGAUAUGCAAAGAAGCUAUUACCUACAUGAAAUGUAUAUUUAAAGAUUUUUUUUCAUCCUGGGAGCCAGGAAUAUAAAAAAGAGCAGAUAUAUUUAACCAUAACAUACUGUGAUUCAUCAAACAGCACAAACUUUCAUUUCAUGGAGUUUAUCUGUUGACGUUGAUUUAAACUAUCAUUUGUUUUAUCAUGUGGGAACAUAAGUUAUGUGGUCAAAAAUAUAAGGAUUUUGAACUAAUGUUGAUUCAAGUUGUGUUGUCUUAUCGUAUUGUCUUUUCAAAGUGCUGCCAGUUGAAAAGGGAAGCAUUAUGUUUACAAAUCUGUUUUGAAAUGUUUGCCAAAAUUUUGGUAGUAUCUUUAAUAAAGUUUGUCUCCAGCAUCCAAAAAAUAAAUAAAUAAAUAAGUAACUUUGUUGUGUAUCGGUAUAAACCAGAAAAUGUUGGUAUCUAGAGAACCUGAGAGCAUGUAGAUGAACUUUUCUCUUUGAAUUCUUCUAAAACAUUAACUGGAAAGAGUAAAUAAUAUAGAAACGUAUGCAGAAGUAAAAGACGAUGCAAAGACUGAUACAAGGCCCUGUACACUAUAACUGUAACAUUACUACAGGAAUUUGAUUUUUCUGUAGCACAGACGUCCUAGAGAAUUGGUUUCUUUUAGCAUUGAGAUCCCUGGUGCUCUUCCUUUUACCUCAGAAUUGGUACAAUCAUUACUAAAUGUUCAUUGAUUUCAAACUUUGAGUUGAAAAAAGAUAGGAAAUGGGAAUAAAUGUGUUCCUUAUAUUAUG